ACGGCACUUCCGUCAACAUAUUCCGUUGCUUGGUUCAUUUCAUGAGACAAGAUACCAAACUGGGACUUGACUAAUGCACGUCAAAAUCGGACAUUUUGAAUAUAUUUACUCAACUUAAGAAGUUACAUUGGUCCUAAAAUGACUGAGGAGUCAUUGAGGGAGAAUAAAGUCGGGAGGUGCAUGCUGCAUAACUGGGCAGAAGAGAGGGCUGUUGCUGCUCUCGACACAGAGGAGACAAGGAUCCAAAUCCAGAGACAAGGACACAGAGGGAUCCUCACGUUGGACCAGGACACUACAAUGGAGACUGUGACCACACACAGAGCAGCCUUCACUACUCCAAAGGGUCCAGGAGUGAGGCAGAGGGGUAUCAGGAGUGAGCUGUUGGAAAAACACAUCGCCCUGGUGAUAAGUGAGAAGCUUCAAGCUGAACGAAACCCACCUGAACCUGAAAGAGAUUUCUGCUCCACGACUCAGAGGGAUUUCUGUGUUGAAGGGUUUGUGCCUCCUUCACCUGAACCAACACCAGGCCAUGAUUAUAAAACUGACGAGGCUGUCACGUUUUGGAGUGAAAACCGACAGAGGAUACAGGGUGCAACGGCCGUACAGACCCUAGAAGCACCUUUUAGGAAAUCAGCCAAGUUCAGCACACCCAUCAGCGAGCGUCUGGAUGAAAUCGAGCCCCUACCUGAUGACUGAGACAGUAUGACACAUGAUCGCUUCACAUCACUACAUUAAUGGUGUUAACAUUGGAGAGCUAUUAAAGGUUAUUCCCUACAA